AUGUUCAGCCACAAGGUGCUCCUCAUCGGUGCCUUGGCUUGCGCCAGGGCGACAGUACACGAGAUCACUACGACAUCAAUCGCAAGUGUCUUUCUACCAAAUGCCGACCAAUUCGCGUAUGGUGCCAUGGGCUCAAUUGUUUCCGCCGACGUUAAUAAGACGGCUGUUGUUCUUGGGUGCCCAUCGCAUUCAAACACGGACUUUUGUCAAUACAUGUACGAUGACACUGUCACAUAUGGUCCUACAACAUUCAGCUACGAUGCACCGCUCUCCACAACGGAAUGGCCUAGCUCAGGUUCAACACACGUGGCGUCCUACAACCGAGCAUGCUCGCUUGAUCCAGAAGCUGAUAUUGCCUACUGCACAGAGGAAAGGAUCUCAGGCUUCCCUGAAGAGGCGCAAUCAACACGCUACACACUGACGACUUCAAACUUUGGCGACCUACGCACGAACGUAACCGUUACAGCUGGCUUCGAGAAGCUCGAGCCAUCCUCGGCCACUUCCCGCCAAACGCCAAUCUAUCCUAGGAUAACUAGUAUCGACGACUAG